CAAAUGAGUUAAGAAAUGUUGGAAUUUUAAUGUGUCAUAUAAUAAGAUUUACAACUAAUAAAAAUGAUCCAUAGUUUGUUUAUAAUCAACCCUUCUGGUGACGUUUUCCUAGAAAAACAUUGGAGGAGCGUAAUACCGCGAUCAGUAUGUGAUUAUUAUUUAGAGGCUCAAAGAGCUUCACCUAACGAUGUCCCACCAGUGCUUGCUGCCCCUCAUCAUUAUCUGAUAUCCAUUCAGCGAGGCGGGGUUGCCCUUGUAGCAGUCAGUAAACAAGAAGUUGCUCCACUUUUUGUCAUUGAGUUCUUGCAUAGAGUUGUAGAUACAUUCCAGGAUUACUUCUCAGACUGUACUGAGACGAUUAUAAAAGAAAAUUAUGUUGUUGUAUAUGAGUUACUGGAUGAAAUGUUAGACAAUGGUUUCCCACUAGCCACUGAGAGUAACAUUCUCAAAGAAUUAAUUAAGCCACCUAAUAUUUUGAGGACGAUUGCCAAUACAGUUACUGGAAAAUCAAAUGUCUCUUCAAUAUUGCCGUCUGGUCAACUCUCCAAUGUUCCGUGGAGACGGUCAGGUGUUAAAUAUGCUAAUAAUGAAGCAUACUUUGAUAUAAUUGAAGAAGUUGAUGCUAUUAUUGACAAAAGUGGAGCAACGGUUUCUGCUGAAAUACAGGGAUAUAUUGAUUGCUGUAUCAAGUUGAGUGGUAUGCCAGAUUUAACUCUUACAUUUGUGAACCCACGUUUGUUUGAUGAUGUUUCAUUCCAUCCUUGCGUCAGAUUUAAGCGUUGGGAGUCUGAAAGAAUAUUAUCUUUCAUUCCGCCUGAUGGAAACUUCCGUCUGAUGUCAUAUCAUAUUGGAUCACAGAGUGUUGUAGCAAUUCCAAUUUAUGUUCGGCACAAUCUUACUUUACGGAACAAUGGUGAUCAAGGAAGACUGGAUCUGACUGUUGGACCAAAGCAAACAAUGGGAAGGACUUUAGAAAAUGUAGCGUUAGAAAUUUGCAUGCCGAAAUGUGUUUUAAACUGUUCCCUAACGGCGAACCAAGGGAAGUAUUCAUACGAUCCCGUCAGUAAAGUAUUGCUCUGGGAUAUUGGACGUAUAGAUCUGCCUAAACUGCCCAAUAUAAGAGGAAGUGUGUCAGUAGCAUCAGGUGCAGACACAUCCGGUGCCAAUCCCAGUAUCAACGUUCACUUCACGAUACCUCAGCUAGCGGUGAGCGGGCUCAGAGUGAGUCGGCUUGACAUGUACGGCGCUAAAUAUAAACCCUUCAAGGGCGUCAAAUACGUCACUAAAGCCGGGAAGUUCCAUGUGCGAAUGUGAAAAUAAAUAAUUUAAUCGUUAUAUGCAAAUUAGGAAUGUUGUGGAGCUCUAACCGAAACCUCAGAUAUCCAAAUCAGUACCCGAAACCGAUAUAUAACUUUCGGAUAUUUUCGGGUGGUCUAAAAUUCAUUGAAACUUCGAUUCGAAACCACUAUAAUAUAAUUGAAAUAUCCGUUUCCGUAACCGUAUUCGAAACGUCAUAUCCAUAACAUCCCUGUUGCAAAUAUUGUUUAAGUUAAGAAAAUGUAUUCUGUUAAUUUUGUAUCUUUUCACUUAUUAAUAAAAUCACUACCUAUUUAGUAAAAUUU